UUUGCCGCCACCUGCUGUACUUCGCCGUCUAACCCGUAUCAACUUGGUCGUACUUGGCUCACCAUCGAGUGCGCUCCAUGUACGGACGGAGUUCUCGACGACUACCAUGUAGGAGGCGGCGUAUCUGCGGCAUCGACCGUCUCAUAGAUCAUGCCUCGCGAUGCAAGCCAGGAUGAGGCCGAAUGCGAAUGCGAGUCUCGGUGUUGAGAUGUGGACAAAGGCGAGAUGUACAACAAUGUUAAGACUAGAUAGAUAUCUCGCAGUACACCACUCGGGUCGCAGUAUAUUCUUCUUACUGUGGAGAUACUGAGUCGAGACCAAGAUGGCGCCCAGCUACACAGAUCUAAUGACUUUGAUAUGGACUCUUUGGGGUGUAUCAUUCCUCUGCACAACCCUUAGAGGCAUUCUACGAUGGAAGUCUCAACGCCGACUUUUCGCAGACGACUACUUCGUCUUCUUUGGCUUAUUCUCCUUGACCGCCCUCUCCAUGGUCAUCACAUGUCUGCUACCACAGUUCUUUCUUGCGCAGGAAUACUCAAAAGCGGCUAUGCUAGAUCCACUAACGCCGUUGCCACUGCCGCUGGAUGAGUUCAUCGAGAGAACGCGUACUUCACUCAAGUUCAUGUUCAGCCAGAUGCUGUUAUUUUGGACUACUCUGUGGGCUGCCAAAUUCUCCAUUCUUUUCUUCUUCAGACGUCUGGUUAUUGGACUGCCAGUAUACAUGCGUGCAUGGUGGGCCACCUUUGUACUUGUCCUACUUCUAUAUCUCGCAUGCAUCGCCUCCAACUUCCUGACAUGUCGACCACUAACCAAGUACUGGAGCUCAACCGGCUGUAGCGACCCCGAAGACCUCAUCCGAGCCGACGGAUCCAUCAAGUUCGCAACAAGCGCAGACGUCGUCGCCGACGCGCUCAUCAUGCUCCUCCCUCUGAACCUCCUACGCAAACUACAAGUCUCCCCCCAACAAAAGUUCGGCCUAGCCGUCAUCUUCUCUCUCGGCACAAUCAUCAUCGCCUUCGCCUUCGCGCGCCUCGCACAAGUCACAAAAGCCACUUCGAACCCCGAUCCAACUACGCUUGCCGACGGGCCCGUGCUGCUCAGCAUGUGGAGUCACAUCGAGUCGUCCGUUUCCGUGAUAGUUGCUACACUGCCGGCAUUCAGGUACUUGCUCAAUGGCAAGAUGGGACGGACACGACCGGGACCUUCCAAGCCACCGGUAUAUGGGUCUGCGGAGCCGGGUACGUCGGGGGCACGGAGUAAAGCGAGGAGGGGGUAUAGUGGGCAUAGGUGGAGUCGGAAUACUGCUACGAGGUUGCCGAGUAGUGAGCAGGAUCGGAAGGGGAGCUGUGAUUGGGGUAGUGAGACGGAGUUGAGGCCGAUGGCUGGGGGUGGGGGACAAGUUGAUGUUAUCGUCGAGAGGGAUUUGAGGAGACCGGAGCAACAGCAUGCAUAGUAUUUAGUGUUGUUACAACGGCUUGGGUUGUGUGUAAUGAAGAUGGUAUUGGUACUUCAUUAUGCCUGCGUUUCGAACUGCGUUUAUGACUACAU